AUGACGACCUCCGUCAAGUUCGAGAAGGACACCAUCCGCACCGCUGGCACCGCCGCUACGGCCGCUUCAAAGGCCGGCGAGGACAUCGUGCACAAGGUUGGAGAGCGGCUGACUGGCGGCAAGUCACAGAAUGGAUAUCUGGCUGUAUACCUGAAGCAGCUUCAGUCGAACCCGCUGCGAACGAAGAUGAUCACGUCCGGUGCCCUCUUCGGUAUCCAGGAGCUGCUCGCUUCGUGGAUCGCGCACGACCGCAGCAAGCAUGGCCACUAUCUCAACUCCCGCAUCCCCAAGAUGUCGCUCUACGGCGCCUUCAUCAGCGCUCCGCUCGGCCACCUGCUCAUCGGCAUCCUACAGAAGAUCUUUGCCGGACGCACCAGCUUGAAGGCGAAGGUCCUUCAGAUCCUCAUCAGCAACCUUGUUGUCUCCCCGAUCCAGAACGUGAUCUAUCUCACUUCAAUGGCCAUCAUUGCGGGCGCACGCACCUUCCACCAGGUCCGCGCGACCGUCAAGGCCGGCUUCAUGCCGGUCAUGAAGGUCAGCUGGAUUGUAUCUCCCCUCUCUCUGGCCUUUGCCCAGCAGUUCCUCCCCGAACAGACCUGGGUGCCAUUCUUCAAUGUCAUCGGUUUCAUUAUCGGAACCUACAUCAACGCUCACACCAAGAAGAAGAGACUGGAAGCCUUGAAGCGCAAGCAAUACGGCUCCGGAAAGAGCUCUACCGGCCGUCCAGAGGACUACCCACCACGACGCGACUACUAA